AUGACGCUGCCCGGUGAAGAGAAGGACGAGGUACCCGUGUUCGACACGUGCGACGACAUCCGCACCAAGAUCAAACGCUACAUGCGCGAGACACCUCACGCCACGGGCGCAGGCUUUGUGCGCACCGCCAACCGCGCACUGCCGGAGGACAGCGACCGUAAGGCCGGGUCACAGACAUUGACAAAGUUCCUCAACGCGAAAGGGCCGAGGAAGGGUGCGGAGGGUAACGUCUUCCAUACCGCGUACGUCUUCUUUGAGAAGUUGCGCAUCAAGCAGGGCAAGCCGAAAAGCAAGAAACGGGAAGAGAUGGAGAAGGCAUGGGGACGACAGGGUAUAGACUUGGAGGAUUCGUCCAGGACCCGUGUCUUCGUGGGACCGAACCUUCCGCCUGUGUAUGAGGACCAGUAUGGGAAAUUGAGGAGACAUUGA